GAUGGCUGCUACUGCUACUACUUUAGCUUUGUCGUAAGCCUAGUAAAUAUUCUAAAUACGAACAAGUCAUAAUACGUAAAUUUACUCGGAUCUCGGUGGCGUGUUCACCUACAAAUUAAAGAUGUCUGACGAUCUGCAGCAUAAAGUCCUGCAGCAGAAAUUGAUGCUGGAACAACAGGAAAUGAUUAGACAAGAGGAACUACUGAGACUGCAACAGACAGCUAUGGCAGAAAAACAAAGGGAAGACCAAGAACUGUUCCAGUUGCAACAAAAAGCUUUAAUUGAACAGCAGGAUAAUAUACAAACCGUACAGGUGGUUGCAGUUACUGCGGCUUCAACUAUUCCAACCGCUAUCUUGACCACAGCUACUCUGGACUUCUCUCCAGUGACAGCCAAUUUGCCUGUAACCCUCAACGUAUCUACCAUCCAACCUACAUCUGCAACUGUGGUAACAAGUCUUCAACAGCCAGCCACUCUUCAAGUGAUUCCUAUUCAAACGACAGUUGCGAUGCCCCCGCCACCAGGCAUCGAUAUGGUCAUUGGCCCCCCUGGUGUAGACCCGGAGCCCAGUUCAGUGAUCAACUUACAAGUGGACACUCCCACCCCCUCAGUAGUGGUGCAGGCCCCCCCUACCAGUGGAGAGUCACCUGACAACUCCCAGGAACAACAACAACAACCUCCACCACAGAGAGAACUGAGACUACCUGUAGCUCUGGAGCAAGCUCUUGCCUUCAAGACUGAGAGAGCCAAACAACUUGGCAUGCAACCUGAAGAGAUAGAAUCAAGAGAUUCUCGUAAUGACUUGCAACCGAUGGAAACAUCUUUUGAAGACUUUGAGGAUGAAGAUGAUUAUGAUUGGGAAGACAAUCAAGAUGAAAACUCACAGCCAGGAAAUGAAACAGGGAAGGAAAAAAGAGCCAGUAAAAACAAGCGAAAAAAGAAGAGGAAGAAGCGUGCUAAACAGCAGAAAAAACUGGAGGCAGAAAAACAAAAGGUUUCUCAAAAAGAUGACUCCAAGAGCAAGGACAAAUCUGACAAAGAAAACGAGGAUGUUGAGAUUGAAUACAUCCAAGAAACAUUGGGCUUGCACCAACUGGAGCCGAUGUAUCGUCAGUUUGCUCGUAUAUUUGAAACAUUCCGCAUCUCCGAGCCAGUGGUGACUCCAGACAUCAGCAAGGAUCUAGCUGCAGCCAAGGAGCUUGGAGCCAAGGCUCUAGCUGCGACUCUGCGCAAGGUGCCUAAACUGGCUGACGAGUAUGAGGAGGAUGAGCCUGAAGAGCAAGAGGGUAAAGAAGCUGAUAAGAAGCCCAAGAUGUCCAAGCGUAAGAUGAAGAAGUUAACGAGGCUCAGUGUGGCAGAGCUGAAACAGCUAGUCAGUCGCCCAGAUGUGGUAGAGAUGCAUGAUGUAACAGCACGAGACCCCAAACUGCUGGUGCAACUGAAAGCACAUAGAAACACAGUGCCUGUGCCUAGACACUGGUGCUUCAAGAGAAAAUACCUUCAAGGGAAGAGAGGUAUAGAAAAACCACCGUUUGACCUUCCAGAGUUCAUAAAAAAGACAGGUAUCAUGGAGAUGCGAGCUUCAUUACAGGAGAAAGAAGAUCAAAGAACUCUUAAGGCUAAGAUGAGGGAACGGGCAAGACCCAAGCUUGGGAAAAUUGACAUUGACUACCAAAAACUGCAUGAUGCUUUUUUCAAAUGGCAAACAAAACCUCGCCUCACUAUCCACGGUGACUUGUACUAUGAAGGUAAGGAGUUUGAGACCAGAUUGAAGGAAAAGAAGCCGGGUGACUUGUCUGAUGAGCUGAGGACAGCACUUGGGAUGCCUGUGGGAGCCAACGCUCACAAGGUACCACCCCCUUGGCUCAUUGCCAUGCAGAGAUAUGGACCUCCACCUUCAUACCCCAACCUGAAGAUCCCAGGGUUGAACGCACCAAUCCCAGAGGGUUGCUCCUUUGGAUACCACGCUGGUGGCUGGGGCAAACCUCCUGUGGAUGAGUCAGGGAAGCCACUGUACGGGGAUGUGUUCGGCACCAGCGCUCCAGCUCAGGAGGCAAAUGAAGUGGAUGAGGAAGUUGACAAGACUGCUUGGGGAGAGCUGGAGUCUGAGAGUGAGGAGGAGAGUGAAGAGGAGGAGGAGGAAGAGGAGGGAGAAGGAGAAGAACAAGAUCAGACAGGACUUGUGACUCCAGCAGAGGGAUUGGUCACUCCUUCAGGCAUCACCAGCAUCCCUGCAGGUCUGGAGACUCCGGAGAUCAUAGAGCUUAGGAAGAAGAAGAUAGAGAGUGAGAUGGAGGGAAACGAGACACCAGCGUUGUUCCAAGUGCUGGCUGAAAAGCGGGUGGAUCGAGUGGGAGGUGCGAUGAUGGCCUCGACACAUGUGUAUGAUGUGGCGGGAGCAGCAGCAGGAACUCGACGUUCGGACACUGUGGAGCUGGCUUUGGACCCAUCUGAGCUAGACCUGGUAGAUACGGACGCCAUGGCACAACGCUACGAACAGACACUGCGCCAGCAACAGUCUCAGCUACAGAAGGAGGACUUGUCAGAUAUGCUGGCAGAACAUGUGGCCAGGCAGAAGAAUAAGAGGAAGAAGCAACAAUCACAAGAAAAUAAACAAGCCAAGAAGUAUAAGGAAUUUAAAUUUUAGAUUGUAUAUUAUUUAUAAGUGUGAAAGAAAACUAAACAUAAAUGUUAUGUCUUUUGUA